CUUGGACCUCCCUACUCCGAUAGUUGCACUACUCUCUCUACUCGUGUAUAGAACAGCAUAUUAUACUGUGUAUUCCCUCCGUUAAAAUGACGGCUGACACUGCCCAUACUGUUGAAGUUUCCCUGGUGGAUACUCCCACAACGUCAGUUACCUUGGGUCCUGAGAGAGCUACAAUUGUCCGUGAAAUCUUGGGUAUUCCCAUUAAGCCGGGCCCCAAUGAAAUUAUCAUCUAUGGGGUAGACCCUCAAGUUGACCCUGACUCGAUUCGUGUGUCUGGCCAGGGGCCAGGCACCAUCACCGACAUACAGACUGCCACGGUGACCCAAAGGAAUCAUUUCGAGGAACUGUUUCCUGGAUGCGAAGUCGAGUCUGAGGACAAUGAUAUUGACGAUGAGGACCCGGAUGACGAUUUCGGGGUUGAUAGAUCUGAACUGUCAAAUGCAGAGAGGGAGCUGAAGGUUUGGGACUCCGAUCUUGCUGCAGCGGAGAGAGAACGGCAAACAGCUGAGAAGUCGCUCGCGGUCCUAGAUGGCUAUGGCAAAACUAUCAAGGCAGGGGAUGUGCCUGCCGCGAAAUUAGAAGAGUACCUCCACACUUACCAGCGCCAGGUGUCGACAUUGGGGGAUGUGAUGUACAAUUGCGACAACAAAGUAGCCGAAAUUUUUGAGAAAAGAGAGAAAGUGUCCAGCAAAGUGAAUAAACUCGCAGCGGCUUUCAAACGUGCUCGAGACGCAGCAGCAAAGCCCGAGCGCGAAAACAGGAAGAGGAAACUGCAUGAUCACAAUAUCGUGGUUGCAGAGAAGCGUAGACGCCGAGACGAUCAUUUGAAAUUUUACCCGCAGCAGGUGCGCGUGGUUACAUUGUUUCUGGACGGCUUUUCCAACCUCACUCCAAGCUCCAGCCGUCAGAACUCCACCAUUACGUCUACUGACGCACUUGAGAGGAUCGGGAAAAUAGACCUUUCUCUGACCUAUGUGACAAAGAAGGCCGCAUGGCUUCCCUGUUACGAGUUCAAUCUGACGACGUUGACAUCGAGUGGGAAAGGGGUGUAUCUGGCGGAAUAUCAUAAUUCGAGCUCUGAGGUUUGGCGUGAUGCAAAACUCACGUUGUCCACGUCGGAAACUUGCUUCGGUGGACUUGGGGAGAAGCUUCCGUUGCUCAAGGCGUGGCAUUUAAAUUUACUCAAGGAGGAAUCUGAGGAAUCAAGCAGCCUUGAUAGCUGGAGCAAGGGAUUGGAGAAUCCUGCCGAAAUCAGUACCAGAGUGGCUCUGGAGCAUGCUGCAUUUCUUAAGAAAAAUACCAAUACCUCAUUGACAAUAUCAUCAAACCUUUUGAUGCAUAAAAUGUCAAACCAACUGGAGCAUCACCGACAGGCGCGACAACAGGCGUUGCAACAGCAGCGACAGCAUCAACGCCAAAUACAGAUGCAACGCCUGCAACAACAGCAACAGCAGCAGCAGCAAGAGCAACUGACCAAUAUAGCCGUAUCGCAGAGGAUCCUUCCGCCUCGUCCCACUUCCGUUACCGCGCCUGUAUCCCCUCCACCGGUACCUGCUCCUGCUAUGUCGGGAAGCACUCAAGGUGGGCAGGCCACCGAAGAAGAUAAUAUCACCAUCGAUGGCGAUUCUAUAGAUCCUGCAACCAUCCUCUCUGAUUCGUCGAAUGCACUCACCUUCCAGGAAUAUUCCCAGCAUGGCUACGGCUUGACAACCAGUUACGACAAACCGGGACGACGGACCCUCCGCCCCUCACCCCUAAAACACCGUCACGUAAUCGCCGAGCUUGAUUUCCCUAAAGUGGAAUAUUCCCACGUAAUAAUCCCCAAGCUCCGCCCCGCUGCAUUUCUCCGCGCCAAGGUCUUCAAUACAUCAUCAUUGGCGCUUCUCCGGGGACAGGUUGGCGUCACCCUUGAUGGCACGUUUAUGGGGACGGUAGUUCUUGCCGGCGGCCGCCCAAACACUACCCUUAGCCUUAGCCUUGGCGUCGAUCCAGGGAUUCAGGUCUCCUAUGACAAACCUAGCGUGAGGCGUGUUUCCGGGGGAUUUUUUGCGGGGAGCUUAGAGACCGCAAUAUUCACACGUUCAUGCCGGAUAACCAAUACCAAGUCGACCGCGGUUUCAUUAGUUUUGCUCGAUCAGGUACCCGUCAGUAAAAAUGGGAGUCUGCAAGUUAAUGUUUUAGAACCCAAGGGUUUGGAUAAAGAAGGCGACUCUGCCACUGUGGCUCUCGAUAGCAGUGCCGUUAAGGAGCGUUGGGGCUCUGGGCGGGUGUCAAGGUUGAAAGCGGGGGAAAUUAUGUGGCAGCUUGAGGUUAAAAAGGGAAUGGAGCUUAAGUACCAUUGA